AUGGGCCGAGGGAAAGCCAAGGUCCAGAUUCCCGAUUGCCGCUAUGGCGCCGCCUGUACACGGAGAGAUUGCGUUUACAAGCAUCCUCCAAAACCAGCCAAGUCCGCCGCUCGGCCUAUCGAGAAGUCGGACAAGAUUUGCUUCGCUUUUGUGGCCGGCAAGUGCGCAUUCGGCAGGCAGUGCCACGACAAGCAUCCUGAUGAAGCUUCGUGCCAGACGAUCAAGGAGCGCUAUAGCAAGAUAGACUGCCAGUGGGGUCGUGGCUGCCGGACGGACGGAUGUCUGUACCGCCAUCCCAGCGAUGAAAUCAUUGGUCCAGCACUCAAGCUGGAGACGAAGCCGCAACCUGCCGUCUAUGCCAAAGGCUACAAUGGCCACAAGGUUGAUGCCAAGGCUCCUUCUGUCCCGCCCGCCGCGGAGGCCUCUUCGCCAGGUCCUCCAGGUGUACGCGAGCGAGAGGAGCAAGGUCAAUGCGCCCCACAGGCACCGGAACAGUUCGCGGGCCCCGCCAGCUCUGCCCCGGUCCCGUCUCGACUGGCGCUUGAGCAGCCCGUGCAGGCACGACGACCUGAUCCACUGGACCAGGAAGAGGAGGAGCAGGUGCGGCUGGAACAGCUUGCAGCAACACUGCGCUUCAUGGGCUUCGACGAUGAACCGAGCCUCGCAGCAGCGCAGCGCGCACACGGGGACCUGAACCAAGCAGUGGAGCACAUGCUUCCAUAA